AUGAACGCGAGAGGUCGCCGCAGCCGAGGCGGACGGUCCAAAUCCACAACCUCCGAUCGUCGCGACCACAGUCCGGAUCAUGGCCAUCAGGGAUGGAAGUCUGAGGACAUCGAGUCAAAGCUGGCCCCGGGCGCAGUUAUGUACACAACUGACGUGGCUCGUCAAGUCGGCGCUGUCGGAGACGACACCGAUAGCUCACCUGAAUGGGACUGGGAGGGACAUGGGAGGGCGAUGGCAUCAAAGACUGAAGAACCGCCCAUAUCUCGCAGUCAGCGGCAGGAAAUGGGGGCACGCCAAGAUGAUGCUCACCCAGCUCACCUUUCCACCGAAGAGCGCAACGACAAUAGAGACGUUGUAGCGUCAAUGGUGGCUGCACGUCUACGCCGCCAGAAUCAGGGCGCCAGAGGUGAAGACGCCCCAGGGAGUGCAAGGUCGUCCCAAAACGAAGCCCCAUUCCAACUUCAGGGGGAUGACGAAAUUGCAGAAGCCCCGCUGGCGUUUUCUAUGUUCGCUUCUGGCGGCUCCUACGACGAUAGCGACGACGACGGCUACGACAACGACGACGACGACAACGACAACGACAACGACAACGACAACGACGACAACAACAACAACGACAACGACGACAACGACGACAUGAACCCCAAAGGUGACCCUUCGACCAGCGCAAAUGAAACCCACCAGCUUCAGGACUAUUGGACAGGCCGGGCUGAUUACGGCGAACCGGCGCCGUCUCCAUCCGGAGAUGCUGAUAUGUCGACAAUUUUUGGUUCCACUCCAUCAACGCCCGUAUUACGUCGAGAACGGCAAGCCGAGGUUGCUGAGAAUGUUCUAGAAAGUAAGCAUGCCAAGUCGCCUUCAACAACGUACCCCCAGAUACAGUCGUUGGCGGUCUGGGCAUGUUGA